UCGGAGACAAUUGUCCAUUAAUUCCAAAAGUAAUAGCGUAGCACAAUGCUUCCAAAAUAUGUAUAUAACUUGUAAGUCACCCUUGCACAUGCCCUUGAAUUGAACAAUGGUAGUGCUUUAAAAUUUAUAAAGUUUGUUGCAAAUGCAAAUUAUUUGUCAACCUCUCUCCUCACAAAGUAAACAUGGCUCAAAUAUUUCUUCCGUUGAGUUGCUUAAUUGCGGUGGUUCUCUUAAUCGGACCCGCUCACCUCCACCCCCAGCCGAAGGACAAGAAAACUAAAGAAGCUGAAGCUGCUGACCAAGAUGACUCAGAUUCUGCAUCAUCUUCGUGGGAGAAUGAUGGAAAUGCUAACGACCGAGGGAUUGGAUUCAACGGUAAAACCGGGAACAGCAAAGGCUCCGGAAAAUACUUAUUCUACGUCACCCCUGAACCACACUACACCCAAAGUCCCGAAAUGUUCAAGAGACUCCAGGCCAAAGGUUACAACGACAUUGACGACGUGGACAAAGACUACUAUGCCCACUACGACUUUGAAUUCGCUAAAAGUGGAUCAAACCAUGCCAACUUUCAGCAAAAGUACUUAAAAAAUCAAGCCAGCCACAUUGGUAAGCCACUCGUCGCCUCAAACGCUACAGCCCCACCGCCGGAAGAUGGAUUGGCUGGAGCGUACGGGACAAAAGCGGAUACGAAACCGACGAGUGACACGGAUGGCCUUGUUCGCGGCCUUGGCAUUGGACUCUGAAGAUUUGUUUUCGGAAAUAAGGAAAUUAAUU